AUGUCAGGUAUUAGUCCGGAGGGGCAGAUCUGCGAGGCACACAGCAGCUCCCGGGUCUACGGUACAUUAGGCUCUCCGUGGGAGAGGGAUCCCAGACAGCUCUGCUGGGGAGCCAGCCCAGGAGAUUUGUUAGCGGGCUGCUCCGGGGGAUACCAGCCACCUCCGGCACCCGAGCGCCAAAGGUGCUUGUGCUGCUGCUGCUGCUGCUGCUGGCGCAUUUCAUCCAAACUCCAGCCAGAGCCAGGGCAACUUGAACCGGAGACAUUGGAGCCGCUGUGCUUCGGAGAGACGAGGGCGCACGGGGAGCGCGGCGGCACCAUGCCUGCUAUCAAGAAGGAGCGACUUGACAGGGAAGAGAUGGCCCUGGCAGCUUUUAACCAGCCCAUGGAAACCUUACCGGACUACCUCGCGCCUCUGGCCGCCGCUGCCAUUCCGGUGGUCACCCCGCACCCGCCGGCUUACGACCAGAUCUUCGCCCACCGCGCGUACCUGGGCUUCCAGGAGCCCCACCACCCCCACCCGCACCACCCCCACCACCUCCCCGAGGACCUGAUGCUGGAGAGGUUUUCCUCCAUCCCGGAUUUCCAGCCCUUCUUUGACAACGGAGAGCCUUGCAUCGAGGUGGAGUGCGGGGAGAACAAGGCGCUGCUCUACAUCAAUAAGUUGUGCCAAGGGAGCAAAGGACCCUCUAUCCGGUACCGGGGAGAGUGGCUCACGCCCAACGAGUUCCAGUUCGUCAGCGGCAGAGAGACGGCCAAGGACUGGAAGCGCAGCAUCAGGCACAAAGGGAAAAGUUUGAAGACUCUUAUGUCCAAAGGAAUCUUACAGGUACAUCCUCCAAUCUGUGAUUGCCCUGGGUGUCGAAUUUCGUCUCCAGUGAACCGAGGCCGCCUGGCAGAGAAGAGGAGCAUCCCCCUGCCCCCCAGCAGGGUCCCCAAGAAGGAGCUGAGCUCCCUCUUCUCCCACAGCGAGGACAGCCAGGAGAGCGACAAGAGCAAUGGGCAGCAGCCCGAAGUGAAGCAGGAGGAGGAUCUGCACAUCAGUAUCAUGAAAAGAAGGAUUCACACCCACUGGGAUCUGAACAUCUCCUUCCGAGAGACCUCUUGCAGCCGCGACAGCGACCUCUCCACCAUCAUCUCCAACCUGCACCAGAGCCGCCAGCUCGUGAUGCCAGAGAGCCAGAGCCGCUGUGAGUUCAAGAGGAACCCCCUGGACGUGGGGCUGGCAGCAGCAGAUGAAAUUUUAGGCAAGAGAAGAGUAUGUUCUCCCAACAGCAGCAGUGAGUGUCCUUUAGAGAGCAAGAAAGCCCGAAGUGAGUCCCCAAAGGAGACGUCGCAGACGCCGCUGCUGGAGGAGGUGGCGCCCAUGACCCCUGAGGAGCACUACCGGCGCAUGAUGUCGGCCCUCAACGAGCACGGCGCCUUCGAGGAGCAGCAGCAGCAGCAGCAGCGCCUCUACCAGCUGGCCAACAGCAUGGCAGUGCCCAGCCACGGAGAUCUGCUCCGGGCGCGGCAGGAGGCGGCGGCGGCGGCGGCGCGGACCCCGGGCGCGAUGGAAGCGCACAUCCCCUCGGCCAGCAACUCGUCCAGCCAGCGCAGGAAGCAGGGCCUCCCCCAGCACCGCGACAGCCACUUCCCCGACAGGGAGAUAUCCCACCCGCCGCCUCUGCUGUCGCCCCAGAGCGCUCCCCACAUCGCCCUGGGGCCCCACUUGAGACCUCCCUUCCUCGGGGUGCCUUCGGCGCUGUGCCAGACGCCAGGUUACGGCUUCCUGCAGCCGGCACAGGCGGAGAUGUUCGCGCGGCAGCAGGAGAUGCUACGGAAGCAAAACCUGGCCAGGCUGGAGAUGUCGGCCGAGCUGAUCCGGCAGAAGGAGCUGGAGACGCUGCACCGGCAGCGGCUGCUGGCCGCGGACCCGCUGAGCCUGCACCCGGGGCUGCCCCCGGACCACCCCGCGCUGCGCAGCGUGCACGACGGCGCCGAGGGCCACGCGCUGCGCGACGAGCUGUCCCGGCGCAACGCCAUGCUGGUGCUGCGGCACAGCACGGCCCCGCUGCUGGCGCUGGCGCCCGGCGGCCCCGGCGCGCCGCCCAAGGAGCCGCCGCGCCGCGCCGGCCGCAAGGCCCCGCAGCCCCGCGCCGAGCCGGGCCCCGAGGCGCGCACGCGGGACGGCAACGACGACGAGAUGAAGGACUCGGAGAGCGACGCCGAGCCCGCCGAGGACAAGGCCGAGGGCGCCAAGGCCGAGGGCGGCCCGGCAGCGGAGCCGAAGGAGUGCAAGGACGGCGCGGGCAAGGCCUGCGAGGCGGCCAAGGAGCCGGGCGAGGCGGCGGCGCCCGGCGUGCCCUGCAGCUCCUCGAGCGCCGAGUCCCCCAGCCACCUGCUGGCGCCCGGCGUGGGCAAGGCCGAGGUGAAGUACCUGCCGCCGGCCUCCCUGCCCGCGCCGCAGCCGCUGCCCUUCGGCUUCCCCUACACCGUCAGCCCCUACUUCCACACAGGCACCAUGGGAGGUCUGUUUCUGGACGGGGAGGAGAGCCCCGCGCUGGAAGACAUCAGCAAAUGGACGGUGGAGGAUGUCUGCAGCUUCGUGUCCAGCUUGUCUGGCUGCACCGAGUACACUCAGGUAUUCCGAGAGCAGGCCAUCGACGGGGAGACCCUGCCCCUCCUGACAGAGGAGCACUUGCUGAACAACAUGGGGCUCAAGCUGGGACCUGCCCUGAAGAUCAGGUCACAGGUGGCCCGGCGGCUGGGCCGGGUGCUGUGCAUGGCCGGGCUGCCGCUGGCGCUGCCGCCGCCGGGGCUGCGGCCGGAGCGGGAGGCGGCGGGCGAGCUCCGCCCGGCCUCGGCCGGCAGCGCGGCCUCGCCCUUCGUGCCGCCCAGCCGCGGCUCCCCGAGGCAGGAGAACGGCGGCGCUGCCCUGCUCGGCGACACCCCCAAGGCGCCCUGCUGACCCGGCUCCGAGGGACGCCGCGCUCUUUUGGGUUGUUUGUUUGGAUGCAUUUGCUUUUUUUUUUUUUUUUUAUUAUUUUUUUUUUUUUUUUUUUGGGGAAAAUUAAAAGAAGAACCACGGAGAUUUUUGAACUGUCAAAAUAAAAGAAUGAAAAGGAAGGAAGGAAAAUGAUCCAAAGAUGUUGUCGUGGGACGACGCCGAGUGAAGAGGAUGCUGGAGGAUGGAGGCAGCAUUCCCAUUCCCUUCCACCCUGCACAGGGAAUCAUGGAAUCAUGGACAGGCUGCUCUUCGCCUCCAGGAGCUGCGGGCUGGGACUGCCAGGGAAGGGAAGGGAAGGGGCUCUGCUGCUCCCAGCGCUACUUCCAGCAAAAAAACCCCAACCCAUCCACGCCCAGCGCAGCCAAGCUCUGCUCCUCCCUGCCAGCUGGGCUCCGUCCUCAUUCAGGUGUUCUAUGCAUCUCUAGCAACUUUGAAAACAAUACCAAAGACAGACAAAAAGGAGAAAAAGACAAAAAAAAAAAAAAAGACAAACACGAAGCAAGUUCCCGUCCAUGUUUACUGGUGCGGAUGGUACAGAGCCACCCUGGCCUGGCACGGGGCGGGCACAGCAGCGGGCACAGAGGGGACCCGGCCCUGCCCCGCUGGAUUUGCCCCGGAUGUUUGGUUUGCUGGGGGCAGGAGGGGCCCGGGGGGAUUUUGAGCCGUGCUCCAGAGGUGAUGUUCUGCUGGAACCACGGGCAGAGUUUUACUACUGUGAAUGAGCUGGGAACUCCUGGGGUGACCCCUCCUGUGACUUGUACAGUUGUGAGCAACAAUCACAUGUGGUACUUUUGUCUCUUCUCCCCCCUCCCCAACCCCUUUUUAUUUUUGGGUUUGUUUUUUUGUUUAAACGUUGCACGUGCUGCCGUUUUUCUUACAGAAUAGCUUUGGUGGUACUUUAGCUUCUUUAUAUUGUAAAAAAAAAAAAAAGGGAAAAAAAUUCAUUAACCAUCACAUCACGAUACAAAUGCUUUCCAGCAAUCAAUUUAAAUAAAAAAGAAAAACACUUAAUUUACAAAUGG